AUGGCAGCCUCCAACUUUGCCCAAAGCCAAUAUCCAUCCGAGGCCUUUGUCGAGAGCUGCGGCGCAAUCGCCUUCGACCUGACCAAGGAACCCGCAGAGGUCUGCCUGCUGCGCUACUUAGCUACGGACGAAUGGCUCCUCGCCAAGGGCAGGCGCAACUGCGACGAGUCGAGGCACAAGGCGGCGUUGCGGGAGGUCCUCGAAGAGACGGGCUUCCGCUGCAGGCUUCUGCCUGUCGACAUGGCCACGCGGGCGCCGGGGCCAGAUGACGAUGCCGAAGCACCGGACGCGGCCACCGCGCGUCGAGCGAUCACGGACCCGUUCAUGUUGACGACGAGGAGCCUGGACGGAGGAGCCGGGGUGAAACUCAUCUGGUGGUACGUCGCCGCCUUGGAAGGUGACAGCGUGACGAGGGAGGGCACUGAGGGAGGGGAAACACAGUUCGAGGCUAGGUUCUUUAGCUGCGACGCAGCCGUUGAGAAGUUGACUUUCGAGUCUGACCGCGAGGUCCUCAGGAGGGCCAUUGACCUGAUCAAAAAGACGACCUUCUAG